AAAGCUUGGUGCUCAUUCAACAGACUACACGGACAACACCUCGCAAUUAACAUAGUGCUGGAUAGUUCGUGUAAAUUGCCCAUUGUGACGGUAGUUUGAAGACAUUUUACCAGAAUUCUUGCAUUGUUUGGAUGCAGUUUUGUGGUGAGAAGUGGUGAACAGUUGAUCAACAAUGUAAUAUCGUCCCCAAGGAGUUUGUGUUCAAACGCUUGAAACAUUUUGAUCCAGACUCCAUCACCAGAUAAACCCAGCCAGAACAGGUCCAACCAUUGUGAGUCAUCUGAGGGGAGUUAGAACAAGAUUGUCAUAAUCUCUCACAUGCUCUGGAGCUGGAAACACCCCUACACGCUUAAAUGAUCUGGCCUAAAUAAUAAUAAUCACACUCCGGGGACAUGCUGGAAAUUCAACCCAUAAGAGUUCAUUCAGCCUUAUGAUGAGAUGUGAGAGCUGAACUAGAAGUCAUCUGGAGAGAGAGAGAGAGAGAAUGGAGCCUCCACCGUCAGGCACCAACCACAUUUCAUCACAACCGUACUCCCAGACUUACCCACACGUCCAACAACCUUACGGUCGGGAGCAAGACUUCAGUGGCUAUCCACAGAAGAUGGGUGAUCCAUACUAUAGUUCUCAACGGACUGGUACCACAACUCCUAUCUACCCAACACCCCUGCCUGCCCUGAUUGAACCCAGUCAGAACUAUCCCCCUAGAGGACUAGAUGGGCCUAAGAUUGGAGGGCCACAGUUUGGGUUGACCAGCCCUGGAUAUGGCCAAGGAGGAGGGACUGAAAUGGGCCCUAUGAUGCGAGCAUUAACAGAGGAUGAUAUGUUUAUGCCACAACCUCCUGAGUACCGUUCACCGAUGCAGAACGUUGCUGGUCCGUACGGUCAACCUAUGGGGUAUACUUCCCCUGAUGGAACUCGUACAGGAUAUGGUGCAGGACAAUACCCAAGCCCAUUCAGUCCUGGACAUAGUCCUCGUGCCUCUCAGAUCUACCCGGUCCGUAGCCAUGCUAUGUCACCUAUUGAUAGUGGGUUUGGAGCCAACCCUUCCCAGUAUCACCGACAAACAAGCCAGAGUCCUCACAUGAAUAUGGUUAGUCCGACUGGCCAGAACUCAGUCUUCAACAGAGGCACCGGUGUCACAGUACCCUCGCCUGUUGGAAUGCAAGGACAGAGUAUGUACUCUCAUAGUCCCGGUUCCUCUCAAGGUGGGCGGGGUAACACCCACUUUCCAUUUAGUACAUCCCCAGUAAGCCAGCACACAUCUCCUUUACCCUCUCCCAGUAGCCUACGAUCACCUGGUGUUGUGAACAGCCCACAUAAUCUAGCAACAGCUUCACCAGGUCCAUUUAAUACUCCGUCCAAUCCAAGUCCGGUCAAUGUGCCCAGACCUAUCAAAUCCCCUGUGGCAGCAUUUCAGACCCCAGCCGCUGUUACUCAGUCUGGACACCCUCUUGUGUCCCCCAAAGUCAGACCUGUUGACAAUGGUGACCACAACUCUACUGGAACUCCAUAUGUAGAACUUGUUCACUCGAGGAAUGACACUCAAAAUAAAACUCACUCAUCGAGUAAUCCAAAGUCACCAGAGAGCCCUUACCCAAAGAAGAAAGAAGACAGGUGUAGCAGUGGACAUUUGCCCAAACUAGAAGAGAUGGUUGCAUUUCUUGGCGAGUCUGCUACCCAGGGGAUUUUAACACCAAACGAUAAAGAAAACAGUGAAGAAAAUGGUGAGAAUGAAUCCAAGGAUGUAGCCAAAGUUGACAACAAUUCAGAAACCACAAAGAAAACAAAUGGAGAACAACAACCACCUUCUUGUGUGAUUCAUACAGGGAGCGUUAAGUCUGCAGAAAGACAGCCAGAUAUAUCAAGUGCUAAGCAACAUAUCAUUGUUCAGGAAAACAACAGGUGUAAUCAGGGAAAUGGAAGCCCAAGACCCAACAGCAAAUCACCAAGAACUGACAGAAGUUUCAUAGAUGCCAGUCCCAAGGGUCCUAAGACUAACGGUGAUGUCAGAGAGAGAAGUCCAUUGCCGAGACAACCAACAAAGUCCCCUAAGUCACAAAGAGGAAGUAAUAGCAACAAAGACACCUCCUUUGAUAAUCUUAAUGGUCCCACUGAAAAUGCAAUCACACAGAAAAUAGCCAUGAAUAGUUCAUUGGAUUCAGACACAAGAAGGACCCAGUCACCACAGAGCUUCAAAGUUGCCAAUGACAUCUCCCAGGUUGACAAAAACUCAAUGAAUGUAAACAACCAGCUCAAGCGUAAAUUCUCUGAGACGCAAAAUGACGUCUACCACAACUCCUUCAACAGCUAUCCUAGAAAUGGUGGGCAGUGUGUUACGGCCUACCCACUAACAUACACCCCACCUAACAGCGGUAAAGAGAUAAACCAGUGUGGUCCUAACAGUCCAAGAGGUUCCAAGUCCCCGGCAAGAAAGGCCAAGGAAGAUUUCUCUGAUGGUAAUCCCCGCAAAGUACUAAAAACUUACAGUGGAAAGAAAAAAAGGACUAGUGUAGACAAGCAGGGUAAUGCCAUUGUAUUACCCAGUCCUCUGCUUCCCUUGUCUGUGACCGAUCCCCCAAAGCCAAAAGAAGAGAAGCAGACAAGUUCCGAGGAACUUCCUCCAACCAAUGUUGUUAAAGAAGAUCAAGGUGCUAAUCCACAGACCUCAACAACAGAGACCAUUGCACCACCUAGAAGCAUUACACCAACCUUCCAGAAUCCAAUGACCACUCCUUCAAGCCAACGUACAACUCCUGAGAAACCUGUCGCGCCUCAUUCACAAAAGGCUCCUCCCAGUACCCCAACAGGCCAAGCUAUAUCUGAUGAUCCAUCAACCCCUACUCCUACUAAAAGGCGAGGUAGACCACCAGGCAGUAAAAACAAACCAAGAAAAGAAGGUGACACCACAAAACCCAGAAAGAAACCCGUCAAGAAGAAUUUUGACAUGAGUUUGGAAGUCAAAGAUGAACUUGGAAAAUUCAAACACCUCAAGUCAUCUGUGAAAGGCAGAAGUUCAGAUUCUCCGGUUCCACAGCAUGCCCGAGCUCGUGGUCCCAUACUAAGAAUAACUGGUACCCGUGACAAUCCUGUCUCUAGUAAGAUUGUGAACAAUCCAGAUGCAUUGGCAACAAGUGCUUCGGUACCAAGUAAAAAACGUGGGUCAAAGCAUGACAAGACCUCCAACAAAAACAUUCAGAGCGUGAGUCGAGCUCCUCUAGGACCUGCUACUAAACAAUCUCUGACUGUUAAUAAUCCAACGGGACCAUGGCUAUGUGCACUGUGUGGCAAACCUGCUAACUAUGACUCCUUAGGAGAUCUGUAUGGUCCAUAUUACCCUCCUGGAUACCAGAUUCCUAUUCUCAGUCCACAAAGUACUCAUGAAAAAACUAAAAGUGUUGUUGCUGCUGCAGCCAGCAAGAAGCAACAACAACAUGUCAGGACAAACCAAAAGGGCAAAUUAAAAGCCAAAGUCUCACCCAUCCCUAAAGCUGCCAGGACAUCUAAGGUGUCGUCCAAAGGGAAAGCAUCAAGAACAACCUCAGCACAGCGUCAACGCAAAUACUCAGAUGAGGCAGAAUAUUUCAUGUUCUUGGAAGAGGCAACUACGUCAUCAGGUCGAGUGUCCAAGACACCAAAGAGAAUGACUUAUGAGAUCUCCAAGGUAACCAGCCAUCGUGGGGGUAAUCGAAGGAGGAAAUCAAGUGAAGUUGAAGACAGGGGACCAUGUGAUCCUAAUGAGUAUUGGGUUCAUGAGGAUUGUGUUAUAUGGACCCAUGGUGUAUAUGUUGUUGGAGGAACUCUGUAUGGACUAGCUGAAUCAAUCAAAGCUACACAAACAGUGGCGUGCUUUGAGUGUAAAGAUAAAGGUGCUUCACUCGGUUGUAUGAGUAAAGGUUGCAAGAAGACUUAUCACUACGUCUGUGCUGUUCAAGCUGAGUGUCAACUACAAGUGGACAAUUACUCCAUGAUCUGCCCUCAACACAAGGACAAAGUUGUAAAAAUGAAAGAUUUGACAUGAUACCCAGAGGAGUAGCAUCAAAGCUUGAUCUUUACACAGCGUUUCUGCAUCCUGUUUCAUGGAGUGCCAGGUAGCAUGACCUCUGACGUCAGGUGACCUUUGAACUGGUAGUAUGGUGACAUCAUGCUUUAUAUGUAGUUAGCUACCGUAAUUGUAUGGUAAUAUCAUUGCUGUAUAUGUUCUACUUUGCUCCGGUGAACCUGUGUGAAGAUUUCAAGGCGUUUCGUGCAGAAACCAAUCUGGGGAUUGGUUGUUUUGAAAAUUUUUGAAAGCCUUGUUCAUAAACAAUUUGUAAAAUAAUUGUUCUACCAUAGAAAAUUAUCAAUCACAAAUGGUGAUUUCAUAAAAAAAAAAUAUUUAUGUUUCAUUCGUGGAGAUCAUAGAAGUGUGAUUACUUUGUAUUUAGUUUGUUGCAGUACACAUUUGGUAGAGUGAGAUACAUGUAGUAGCAUUGAACAAGUUCUAGCACAGAUGUGUCUGACUGUGCUUGAAUUCUGUGGACACUUUUACCACAGAACCGUUAUUAUUCCUCAGUUUGUUUCUGCUUGAGUGCGUGAUGAGUGAUUAUUUGCAGAAUGAGUUUGUUGCAAAUCAAAGAAUAAAAAGCCAGCUCGUACCAAGCAUUGAAAAUAGCGGGACCAUUUUAAUCAGAGCUGAAUGUCUGAAAAUUCAUUGGGGUAAUUUUAAUCUUUAAAAAUAGGCUCAGAAGUUCUGGAAACUGUUUUUGAUUCAAAAAUUCAAAAGAAAGAAAUAUAAUCAUUAUUUAGAAAGGAAGUCUUUUUUUUACUAUCACAAAAAAUCUGUCUUUACUCACCUCAUAAAAGAAACUUAUAAAAUAAGCUUUCCUUUUGUUAUCCUGUUUUUGGGUUAUAUCCACAUUCUCUUCCAUUUUUGUAAAAAUAUUAUUGGAAGUCUUCCCAUCAGAAAUUACAAAGAAAAGUAAUACCGUAGAAACAAGACAUACCCAGUGGACACAUGGCUUAAACAUCCAAUUUUGGAUCCAAACUGGCUAUCCCCUUUUUGAAGAAGUGUGUUUAUAUCUUAACAUAAUGGACGUAAUUAAAUGUGUAUAUUGUGAUGGAGCAUCAACAUUCACAAAUUCAUUAUCUGUGUAUGCCAAACUGAAACCAAUUCACUGAUGUAUAAUACAGAUGCCGUCUUUUAGGUUAUAGUGGAUGAUUUUGGCCAGCAGUUUCUUUUGGAUGGACAAAAUUACAUGUACAUGUUGAUUAACAUAUCAAAUGGAAAGUAGUUCAGCCAGCCACAAUGAAACUAGAAGUCUGCACCUAACCUAACUUCAGAUGACAUGUUAAAGGAGUUAACAAUUCAUAAGAUGGAAUGAGUUUACCGGUACAUUAUGGAAAGGCCAUAUUUUACCGAGCGAUAAUAUUCAACCCAUUUCACAAUUUAAAGGGGCACUGCGUCCUGAAAUCCCCGACAAUUUCAUGUUUUUGAUUGUUUACUUACCCUAUUUCAAACAUCUGGUUGAAAGGAAACCAACCUAAUGUCUUCUUCCAUUCCCGAAAAAAACAAAAACAACCCGAUUGUUUACAUCGGACACGACGGAGUAUGAUACAUGUUUCCUGUCGUUUUCAUACAAUUUACGAUACACUACACAGCACCGUUCUCAAGCACAACGGUGACCAAUCAACAAGGCACAAAAUGUGAUUUCUUACACGUCCGCAAAAGGCGAACCCUUACGGCUGGAAUCACGACUAGCACGAACAGUCCGACUUUUUGGGGUCGCAAUAGUGGACCCCAAAAGUCACUCUCGCACGAAUACUACUAAAGCGCCCAGUUUUUAAAGGAUACAUGUAGUUGUGUGGAUGUUUAUAUUCUAUUUUUAAAUGUUCUUUCCAAUUAACAUCAUUUCGUUCAAAAUGCAUUUUGUGGCCCAAUUGAGCGUAUUCCAGGAUGCAGUGUCCCUUUAAAGCCACUCAGUACUUGUUUAUAUAACUGACAUAAAGAUCCUUGUCAUUAACAGUUAAAAUUAACUUCUUUUUCAAUAAAAAAUUGGUUAGAAAUGUAUUUCUCUCUUCCAAACUUUUCCAAAAUAUAUUUCUCUCUUCCGAAAAGUUUGAACCCAACUUUGUAGCUACUGGCCGGCUCUUGGGAACAAUGUGCAAUGCUCAACGCGCAACAGCAUUCAUUUGCAGUAAAUUUUGCACCUUACUGCGCCAUGGAACAAGGAUGAUCCUUACUGUUGAAUAGUAUUUCUCAUUCACCAUGGGCGAAUGGGACUUUUUGAGCCCAGGUGUGAAUGGGAACAAUAAUGAAUGUCACGUGAUGUGAGUUCCACCAAUCAAAUGACAAGGAUCUGUAUGUCAGUUAUAUUUUGCCAAUGAAUGCAUGGUUAUUUCAAAAGAUAGGGGGCACAUGUUAUAUUCUGAAAUAAGGAGAAAUAUUUUUUCUCUCUAAUAUUUCGGUAUUUGUAUUAUAAUUUGAAAUCUUUCUCAUAAAAUUUAAAGUACGUUUUUAACAAUCGUAAAAAAAAAAACUAAAAAAGGGAAUCGGGUAUUUCAUAGUCAUAACAUUUUGUAAUUUAUUGUUUUGGUAUUCUGUAGGACUAACAGGUUAACUCACAAUUUACCCACAUUGGCUUCCAUGUUCAUGACUUCCCCGUUUCAUAUUUGAGAUAGUAUGAUGUUAGGUGAUACAAACAGUGAUGAAUAAUAUACCACAGUGCAGGCUGUUUUCUGUUCUCUAGAGCUGUAGUCAUUUUGCUGCUUAGUUGAGACAGAUUAUCAGUCCAAUGCAAUUUGCUUCACAUUGCAUCUAAUGGUUCUUUGUUGCUGAUUGUCAGAUUAUUCUUGGCUUAACACAGAAUAGCUCAGCAAAACUUUCUGUUUAACAGUUCAAUAAUGCUGGCUGUCUACCAUAAAAUAACCUUUGCAGGAAAACCUCUCCAUCCUUACGAUUACACUCAAACUUCUAAGAUGUCAACAAGAGCUCAGAGUAAACUCCUCUGAAAUGACAUUUUCCCACUCAGGAAAAAUCACUUUGUCAUGCUUUAAAGGAAGGCAUUAUUUGUUUUGCCAAGAUACAGGUAUGCCUCCUGUUGGUUACAGAUUUUUGUUUGUUUAUUUUUGCUUUUAUUUUGCUGGUUUGCUGUUGAUGAUCAAGGUUUUUCUGUUCAAAGUUUCUCACAGUGAAGAGGUUUUGUGGGGCGUGAUUUAUGGAGUUUUAAUUGGAGGAAUGGUUGACAGAUGUAGAGACACAUAUGUAGUUUGUUUUUGUCUCUUUCCAGAUUUUCUUGGAGAAUGUUUUUUUGUUGAAAGCAGACUUUUUUCCAGUUUGUUCCUUAUUGUAUACAAUUUGGAAAUUAUUUGUUGAUGUGCAUAAAUACUAUCUUUGAUUUGUGUUCAUGCAAGAAGUUGUUCAUAGACAAUGCAAAGUUUAUUAUCGGUUGUUGUAAACAAUGAGUGUGGUUGGUGAGGUAUGUGUUUUGUUUGAUUAGAAAGUGAUUUGUACUUGCGAAGAACAAUGUAGAGUUACAUUCUGUACAUAGACUUACUUGUAGAACAAGCCACUUUGUGUAUCUACAUUCUCUAUGAAUUUGGUUACCAGUGAACAGAGCUAAAGAGUGGGAUACCAGCCAAACUGUGAUUUUACAUGUGAUAUAGGUCCUUGGCAGAUUUACUUUACAUACAUGUAUAGAUUUUCAUAGCAAAUUUGGUAUGUUGGGUAGUUUCUUGAUAUAAGUUCUGUAGGAACUUCUCUUCAGAAAAUGCCUUAAGUUUUUUUCUUUUCCUUAACCAGUUCGAGCCGGAUUUAUUUUGACAGUGAUCUGACCAAGGCGCGGUAUUAUUUUAACGAACUUCAAUGCCAGACGGGCCCAGGCCAUGAUCUGCGGGUAGCACACCCUGAUUUUUCCGGCCGAUGUGAAUUUCUGAAAACAUUUGCGUGUAUAUACGUCCUCAAGCGCGAACUGGUUAAAAGUCUGUGAAACAAAAGUUUGAUUGAAGGGUGUAAGAUGUGAAUUACUCCCUGGUUCUUUGCAUAGAAUGCUCAAGAUUUGUUGAGUUGAGUUGGAUUUGACAAAGCAAUGCAUUAUCUAGUUAUUAACUGAGUAAGGAUUAGGACCAAAGCUCUUACAAUGAACCUUGUAUUUGUUAAAGAGACCUUUCAUUUAACACAAAGUGGACUGAAACGUUUUACGCGACAAUAGAGUUAAUUUUCCAAGAUCCUGAUAACGAAAUCAACUUGGAAUUUAUAUGAAAGGUGUGCAUUUAAAAAAAUGGAUGCACUAAAGUGAAAAUCCUCAGUUUCAUCACCUAAAAAGAAGGGUUUUUAAAUAUCGAAAGAAAACAUGUGUAACAUUGUUGGUGACUUUAUUUUUUAUGCAGUGUUUGGUGACUAUAACAGAAGGAUUUAGCUUGUUGAGCAAAUGAAUCACAUCUUUAUCAAUAGCUUGGUAAAAACAGUUGCUUUUAAUUGCUUUAAUUUGUUUUGAGGAUUGUAAAAGGCGAAAACAAACAUUGUAAUUGAAAGUUAACACUUUUUAAUUGGGUUGCUUAUUGUUACGUAAUUCCUUGCUGUUUUUCUUUUUGUAAGUUUAUAAUACAGUUCAAGCGUUAAUAUCUAUAUCAUGGAGAGACAGUUUGCAUUAAAAAGUUACUGAAUGUUAACAGAAA